GGCCGGAGCAGCUCCACAACUUCGGCCUGCCCAUGAUCGGCACGACUGGGAACUUCACCGCCGCCGCCUGCUUCGACGCGGCCGCGGGCGGGGAGCCCUGGCACGGGCCUCUGCGCAUCUUCCGCAACGAGCUGCUGGAGGGCCUGCAGCUCAACUUCUACUCGAAAGCGCCAGUGCGGCCCCUGAGGACUCAGGAGGACAUCCUGUACCUGGUCUGCGCGCGAAUCCUCAUCGGCGUGGUGCAGUUCCGGAUUGUUUCCAGGUAUGCCUCCAACCAUGCGCCGGUGCAGAUCGACCACAGCGACUCGUUCCGAGAGGGCUGCGCAGUGACCUCGAUCACCGUGAACGCCGACACGCGGGACUGGCGCAACGCUCUGGCGUGCGUGGUGCAGGAGCUGCGGGCGGUCUGCGACUACGGCAUCACAGACAGCGAGCAGAAGCGGUACAUGGAAGCGAUGCUGAAGGAUGUAGAGAAGGGUGUGGUCGAGAACGACACGGUGCCGUCGGAGGACCACCUGAACUUCAUUAUGACGAGCGACGUGUUCGACCACGUGGUCAUGCAUCCUGACCAGUCUUUCCAGGUCUACAAAGAGGUGGCACCCUACGUGACCAAGGAGCAGAUCAUCACGACGGCUAAGUGGAUGUUCGGCUUCCUCGCGUACUACGGAAAGGCCCUGGGCGUCCCUCUCUCAAGGGGGGUCGGGCGCACCUGGCGGGACGAGGUCCAAGGCGCUGGGGUCGAUGGUCGGUCGCUCGAGAAGCUGGGGCUCUCGCCUGUGGCACGCUGGCACGGGGCAUGGGCCACGGCGGAGGUCAGCACGGAGGCUUUGCCCCGCACCGUGGUGGAGAGCGCCGUGGAGGCCCCGACCCGGAUGGCGGCGGAGAGCGCCGUGGAAGUGUGGGCCUGCCUCGCGGCACGAGGGCGUCACGCAGGCAAUUCUGGCUUGGACCGCGGUGGCGACCGCCUCGGAGGCGCUGCCGUGGAGCUUCGGGCCCGGGCCGCCGUCUGGCAGACCCGCCCGCAGAGGGCGCGACGGGCUGGCUGGUCCAUCGUGGAGCUUGGUGCAGAGGGCCGGCUGCAGCGGCAGACGGCGGCGGGGGCCAUCCCGCUUCUGAUCCAGGUGGCGCCGCCAUCCAGGAGGAGCGCGCGGCCCCCGCCGCAGGGCUUUGCGAGCCCGGGCACGUGCCUGCCCAGCACGGUCCGUCGAGGGGGACGUGCCAACGUCUGCCUCGGCAGAGGGUCGGCUGCAGUUCCGGCCGGCUCUGCGUGCGACGCGGGCGGCGAGAGGCCGCAGCGUGGCGACCACGGCAAUGGGGUGGAGUCGAGCUCAAGGCGUUGUACCUGCUUUGCGACGACCGCUCCAUGUGCGGCCUGCCCCGUGCAGGCCACGACAUCAUCAAGUACUGGAUGCUCUUCCUCUUCGACGAGUUCGACGCCGAGCAAGAUCGUGUUGCUCAUCGGUCUCCUCGGCAUCCUGAUCAACGUAGCGAGCUCGGCGGAGCCCCUGGGCUUCAGGCCCAUGACGCCGCAGCGCGGCCAGCGCAUCGGCGAGUCGCGGCUGCCGGCGCCGCAGUGGGGCCAACCCCACGAGCAGAACGUGCAGGGCCUGCCGGCGGCGGAGCUGGCCCAGCAGAGCACGUCGAAGGUCCCGCCGUUCUGGGCGCCGUACCUUGAGCAGCGCGGGUACCCCUUCAGGCUGUGGGUCCAGGACGUGAUGCUGUGGUGCGCGGCGACGGAGCUGCAGCAGCACCAGCGCGGCCCGGCGAUCGUCCAGCGGCUCGGCGGCACGGCGAGGGACCUCUGCCGCGAAGUGCCGGUCGAGGCCAUUGCGCACGGCAGGUUCGACCAGCUGGGCAACCUGGUCGAGGACGGAGUGCAGAUGCUGAUCACUGGGCUCCGGCGGCGCUUUGGCCCGCUCGACGUCCAGUCGUCGAUCAGCACCAUCGUCGAACUGCUCACCUUCCGCAGGCAGGAGCGGGAGAGCGUCGACGACGCGAUCACGCGCUUCGAGGCGCUGCGCGCCCGAGUGGCGCAGCUGGACGACCCGUUCGUGCUGCCGACACCGGUGCUCGCACUGCUGUUUCUGGAGGCCCUGCAUGUGCCCAAGGCUGUGUACCCCUUGGUGCUGCAGGCCAACAGCGGCCAGCUGCCACUGACGCUCGAUCAGCUGAACAGCGUGAUCGGGAUGGUGCGGCAGCAGGGCCACUUCGCAGAGCACACCCACGCGGGACCUCAGAACUUGGCUGAAGGGUACCGCGGCAAAGGAUAUCAUGGUCAUCAUUGGUUUACGGGCGAGAGCGACAGCGGCGCAAACACCUGGAACGACACGGCCGCUUAUAUGUAUGGUCAGAACGCAGCCGGCGCGGCAGGGAGCGCUGGAUCUACGUCCCAGCACUACGUGGUCCAGGACGACGAGGGCUACGACUGCUGCGCCGUCUGCUCGAGCUACCUGUACGAGGACGAGCCCGGGGACGAGGACUCGAUGACCGACGACGACGACUUGGACAUUUCCCAGUUCACUCAGGAGGAGCUGCAGGAGUAUUAUGGCGACUCCGAGGGCUGGGACUACGACACCCUGCUACAUGAGUACCUGUUCGCGAAGCGCAGGUUUCGCCACUUCGUCCAACGGAACAGCCGCCGCUCUCGCUUCCCGCGCAGCAACUGGUCCCUCCGCAUGAGCAGCGGCAAGGGCGGCAGCAGCUUUGGACGCGGGCGAGGCCACGGCAAGGGAUACCACUUCGGCGGAUCGGUGGUGAACCCAGGCUCGCUGGCGGGAGGAAAAGGCAAGAAGAAGAAGGGCGGCAAGCACUACAUGGCAGGCACGCCCGGCGCCACCAAUCCCCGAGGCAGGGACGGCCGCACCAUGCGGUGUCACGAGUGCGACUCGGAGACCCACCUCGUGGCCGCCUGCCCCAAGCGCAAGGGCAAGGGCAAGGGCAAGCACUUCAUGUCCUGGAACGCUGGCAGCGCCGCGACGGGGACGCAGCAGGCCGGGGCUCCCGCCGCCGACCCAACGUUGGCCGCCUAUGCGCCCGUGCCCACGCAGCCGCGGACUGGAGCCUUGUCUGGAGUGCUGCAUUGGUUCACUGAGGACGCCCGGACGCCUGGCCUGCAGAUCGACGACCUUGACGAGGACACCUUCCGCGAGGCUCUGAGCUGGGAGACCCUCGACAUGCGCGACAACGUCGCGGAGCACGACAUACUGACGGAGAUCCAGGCCAGCAUGCAGGACCGAGCUGUGGAGGAGCAGCCUCCGGUGACAGCUGGGCGAUCAGCGGCCGUGACCAGCCCAACAUGGUUCCCAUGGUGGCGAGUGGAUCAGUUCGAGAACGCUGGCGGGGAGACCUACUUGGUUCGCACCCGCAUGAAGGACAGGAGCGGCGAGGCCCUGCUGGUGGACCCCGGGAGCCCAGGCAACCUUACUGGCGACGAGUGGGGCAACAGGAUGGCAGCGCGACAGCAGCAGGCAGGACGUCCACCGCCUGUUCGCACCCCACUUGACCGGGUGCUUGAGGUUGGUGGUGUGGGCUCAGGAUCUCAGCAGGCCACGCACGCCCAUCGCUAUCAACUGGCGCUGCAGGGAGGGCAAGCCGCGACCUACGAGGCGCCGGUGCUCCCGAACAGCAGCGUGCCGGCACUGCUCGGGCGAGCAUCGCUGCGGGACCAGCGCAUCCUGCUCGACUGCUUCAACAAUCGGAUGUACCGCAUCGGCCCGGGCGGCUACUCCCUGCAGCUGAGUCCAGGAUCAUCGCAGUACCAUCUGGACGAUGGCAUUGGCGACUUCGACGACAUCCGGUCCGACGUCCUUGCCCGCAGCGACCGCGCCGACUCCCGCAUCUACCAGGACGGCGAGCAAGAAGACCACCACUGCGACGCCAACCGGCAGCGGGAAGUACAGGGGAGACCGCCAUCGGCAUGGGUGUUCGGCGACUUGCAGAACCUGUGCCAGAAUGCGCUGCACGGAUGCGGAUAUGCGCCGGAGCUCGUUUGGAUCAGCCUGGCUCAGCCGGGCACGUCGCGAGGCACCCGCAACGACAAGCGAGCCAAGCGUUUCGAGUGCAAGAUCGCUCGAGCUCAACUUGAAGGGCAUCGCUGCUGCAUCGUCGAGGCGGACGAGGGCAGCGCGGUGUGGGACAUGCCCGACAUCCUGGAACUGCUGGACGACAGGAGGUGGCACGCAGGUGAGCGACGUCGACCUGGCCGAGUAUCAUUCGCGGACGACGUCGACGAGACCGGCUGCAAGGUGAGCGCGCUGACCGCGAGUUUUCCCACCGAGCAGAGGACGCGCGACAAGGCGCGCAAGGCAGCAGACCCGGAGCGCAAGGUGAAGAAGAGGCCACAGACAGUGGAGCAGGUCUUCGACGAUUGCGGCUCCGAUUUCACGAAACUCUACGUGGCGAACGAGUACGAGCUGGACGAGGUGUGCUACGGCACCGAGCUCAGGGAGGACCAGUACAUCGACGAGCAGCCGUACAUCAUGAUGUCCGAGUUCUUUGGCAUGAUCGGCUCGGAGGCGCACCUGAACGAGAAAGACGAGCAGCAGAACUUCUUCAGCUCAGUCAAGGAUAUGGACACAUACAUGAACCUCUACUACGGCCACCUGCAGCACGACGACGUCGCGGAGUUGUGCGGUGGCGCAUCUGGAACAACCCGGUUACUCGUGCGACGAGGAUAUCGGGGCGGUCCCAACUUCGACCUCAUUUGCGACUGCAACUUGAUGACGCACGAGGGCCAGAGGCAGUUUUGGGAAUAUCUGUAUCAUCGCAAGCCUCUUGUCUUACUUAUUAGCACGCCCUGCACGAGCUUGAAAGGGUUUUCGGCGCUCAACAGGGUCAUCAACUACGACGGUUGGCUCCGCAGUCGCAAGACAUCAGUGGGGCUGGCCCGCAUCGCCGCUGCAGCGGCGUGCACUCAGAUGGACGCCGGCCGCCACUUUGCUUCGGAGCAGCCGCUGGGCAGCGACUUCUACAAGCUCGACGACUGGCAAUACAUCGCCAACAACUACGCGGUGGUGUGGUGCCAAGUCGACCAGUGCAUGGCCGGCAAGAUCGGGCGGCGAACGGGACUCCCGAUCAAGAAGUCCUCUGAGUUCUGGGCUUCGGACGAGCGCCUGAUCGCCGGACUCAGGAAGUUUCGCUGCGACGGCCAGCACGAUCACGCUUUGCUGGCCCAUGGUGGCCGAGGACCCCAUCCAGAGCGUGACGAGUGGCGACUAGAGAACCCCAAGGAUCACGCGGAGUGGGCGAUUGGCAUCUGCCGGGAGCUGGCAGCGAGCAUUUCCCAGAUGGUGGAGCGCGUGAGGUAUCAGGGACACCACCUCGUUGUGUACGAGUGCUACCCCACGGAUGUCGGCAUCAUCGGCCGGCUGACCAUCCAUCCCACGAUCGAGGGGACAGCUGGAGAGGCGGAGCCGGACGAGGCAUCAGGUGGCGCCUCGGGAUCGGCGGACGCCAUCGGCGAGGCACCCGUCGCGGAGCAGCCGGCUGCGGCCCCAGCCGCACGAGCCCGAGGCGUGGAUGCGGGGACGCAGGCUCGAGGCAGUGACGAGCCAGGCUGGACCGCGUUUGACCUCGGGCACGCGCUUCGACUGCUGCACAGCCCACACCAGGAAGUCGUUCGGCGCCAGCUUCGACGACUUCAUGUUCGAUUUUGGCACGCUCCAGCAGCUCGCCUCAGAGAGCUGCUGACCAAGGCCGGCGCUCCUGCAUCUACGCUGGCCCUGGUGAAGGAGAUCUGCGACACGUGCCGGGUGUGCAGGCUAUGGACGAGACCGGGACCGAAGAGCAUGACGAUCUCUCGGCUCGCGACGGGCUUCAACGAGAUGGUGCAGUGGGACAUCCUCUACAUCGGCGAACAGAUGGUGGCCCACAUGAUCGAUGAGGCGACACGCUGGACAGUGCUUCACAUUCUGGACCGCAAGACAGCGAUCAUGAUUAUCGCCGGCAUCACCCAGGGAUGGCUACGACCUCAUGGCCCCAUGAAGCUGCUGAUUGCCGACAUCGAGGGCGGCCUCCAUGGCGAGGAGGCGUACCAGUGGCUGGACCGCUGGGGCAUCGAGAUGAAGGCCAAAGAGGAGGGCUCGCACGCGCAGCUGGUGGAACGCCAUCACGACUUGGUGCGCAAGAUCAUACACCGUGUGCAGGCCCAGCUUGCAGAAGAAGGCAUUGUGAUGCCGUUGGAGAUCGUGAUUAUGGAGUGUGCCCUCAUCAAGAACCUCCUCAUCACCGUGGCUGGCUACAGCCCCUACCAGGCGGUGUACGGCCGGCUUCCGCCCCUGCUCGCCGAGUUCGAGCCGGUGAGCGACUGCCAGAUUGACGACCAGUCGGCUGGCAUCCCAGGGAUCUCCCGACACCAUCAUCGGCUACGCGAAGUUGCAAUGCAAGCCAUGGUGGAGAUGACCGCGAAGGACAGGCUGAGGCGCGCGCUUCGAUCCAAGACGCGCGCCCCGCACGAGGCGCUGCAGCUGGUGGUCGGCGACCAGGUUGACUUUCACCGACCGCCGAGCACGAAGGAAGAGUCGGGGUGGCGCGGCCCAGCGACCUUGCUGCAGGUCGGACCUCCAGUGCUCAUUCGAUGGCAGGGACGAGUGUUUCAAGUACGACCUCAGGACCUUCGGCGAAGCCUCGUGUACUUCGUGAUGUUCACGAAUAACAUCUUCUUCGAGGCAGGAUCGCGCGACCCGGUGGCCACCAUCAUGAGCUACGCGGACCAGCUGGACAGCAAGGUCGUGCGCGUCGGGUGGCUCUUCGACGCCGGGUGGAAGCGGACCGCGGACAGCCAGAAGCUCAGCGAGUUGGUCCUGGCGGUGUUGCAUGUUGCCGCCAGUGGCUUCUAUCUGGUGGGCUGCAUCGGCGCUCGAGUGGGCAAUGGCGUGUCCGUGCUCGAAGGAAUGGUCGGAUGCGACCACAGCUUCCUAUGGUGGUGGCGGCGCGGACGCCCAGAGCUGUCCUGGUACCACGAGGCGUCGGGUUCUGCUCGAUUGAAGUUGGCUCCGAUAUUUGGCAAGGAACACUGGCGGGACGUUAGCUUCGUGCAGUUCAUCAUGACGGACGACGAGUCUGUUCGUGAACUUCGGCGACGUGAACCCGAGGCGGGGGUGCUCGAGAGAGAUCGCGCUCACGUGAUGGCCCGGAUCGUGAUCAUGGAGCCCGAGGUUCAGGAGUACUCGUUCGCGAGCUGGCAGCACAUGAGGGAGCAGGCCGCACUGCCUGCUGUUGACACCGAGUGCGCUCAGAGCGACUUCUUCUUCGCAGCCCCGGACGCAGAUCACGUGGCGGAGGCAGUAGAGGAUGAUUCUUCGAAUUCCCGACCCGACUGCGUCGAGAUCGGCAUAGGUGCGCCGCUCAUGUACUGGGUGUACCCUGAGGUGGAGCACACACGACGCCCUGGAGCAGGUGAGAUCUACGUCCUGCGCGUCUACAACACGGGCAAGCGCGAGAUCGUCGUCGAGCGCGAGAUGAACGUGCUCACGCUGGAAGAGGCCCGAGCUCACGAAGUCGAAGUACGUCAGGCCAUGAAGGACGAGCUCCAGCGCUGGGCAGAGUUGAAGGCAUUCCAGCGCUUCCCGAAGGACCAGGCGACCAACAUCAUCGACUCGCGCUGGGUGCUCAAGUGGAAGGAGAUCGACGGCAAGAAGCAGGUGACGGCGCAGCGCAAGUGGCGAUUGUUCUCAGCGGACAUCAGCCAGGCGUUCUUGCGCGGCCUCACCUUCGAGCAGGUCGCCGCCAUGGACGGCGAGGUGAAGCGGAAGGUACAGUUCACGAUGCCGCCAGGAUCGAUUCCAGUCCUCCGGCAGCUGGAGGGCUACGAGGACUACAACCCUGUGACAGAGGUGUUGUUGCUCCUGCGCUGCGGUUUCGGCCUGAAGGACGCGCCGAGGCUGUGGCAGGUCAUGUUGAAGCAAGUGCUGGAGAAGACAGGGGGCAAGGCGCUCAUCAGCGACCCGCAGAUCUACGUGUACCACGACGCUAAGGGCGAGUUGCAGAUGAUCAUGUCCUCGCACGUGGACGACCUGAAGGGCGGCGGUGAGGACCACCUGCGGGAAAAAGUGCUGAGCAUGAUAGAGAGCGAGUUUGGGAAGUUGAAGCGCCAGUACGACUGCUUUGAGUGCAUCGGCAUCAUGCACGAGCAGGACCCUGUGACCAAGGCCAUCUGGACGCAUCAGCAGCACUACGUUCAGCAGCUGCGACCGCUCCAGGAGGACCAGUACGUGAUGGAGAACGAAGAUGGCCAGGUGAGCGUGGAGAGCCACGCGGCGUACAUGUCGCUGCUCGGAGGAAGUGCAUGGAUGACGCAGACGAUGGCGCCCAUUGCAGUGUAUGUCAGCUACCUCCAGCGGCAGGCCAAGAAGCCGGCGGUCGGAGACAUCCGGAAGAUCAACCGGCUGCUGAAGUGGAUCAUGGUGAACGCGAAGCAGCUCGGAGUUCGGUUCAUCGAGUUGGACAUGACCCGAGUGCGGCUGGCCGUCGUCAGCGACUCAGCCUUCCACGCCAUGGAGUUCGAAGGCUUGGCGAUCCGAGGCUGUGUGAUCAUGUUGCUGGAGGCUGACGACGAGGUGCUUCAAACUGGAACGACGUACAGGAUCGUGAUGCUUGACUGGUACAGUCGAAAGCAGAACAACGUGGUCAGGUCCACCUACGCCGCGGAGCUCAUGGCGUUGUUGGACGCGCUCGGGACCGGCACUCUCAUGAAUGUGGCGAUGACCGAGAUCAGUGAAGGAGUAUGCACGGCGAACCAGAUGCGAGUGCGGCAGGAGGCUGGCGACCUGGUGUUGAAGAUGAUUGCUGCCAUUGACGCGAAGGCAGUGUUCGACGCCAUCUCCGCCGACACCAUCAAGGUCACCACGGACAAGCGGAUGUUCGUGCCGACGCUCGCAGCACGUGAGCAGAUAGACCGCCUGCAGCUGGCGCAGCUCAGCUGGAUCGACACCUUGGACAUGCUGGCGGACGGGCUGACGAAAGGCGAGCUCGACCGGACAGCACUCGUGAAGUUGGGCUUCAGCAGCGAGUGGCACUUGAGCGGGCUGCAGCCGGUUGCCUUCUCUGUGCGCAGUGUGCCGUAG